UAUCUGUGCUUACUUUGAGAGGUAAUUUAUGAUUGUUGCAGAGGAUUUGUGUGUCACUGGGAGUGGGUGAUACUGUCUGUGACCGGGAAAUGUGAUGUUGAGUUAAGCGAGAUUUUGGUUACCGGUGGUUGGUGUUAAUUUCAUCAGCCGGCUGCUUGGAAGGUGUCUACGGACGAAAGUUAAUGAGAUCGUUAUCUAAUGCCCAUUGUUCUGUAACGGCUUGGGCUUUCGUUAUCUGUAGAAUAAAUACCUGCUGUCCUCAGUUACUGUAUGCAGUUCAUUAGCCGUGCGCUUGGCAAGAUGGAAUCCCAGAUCGAUAGAGUAGUAAAUGUCUACAAAACAGUUGCCCAUUACCCAUCGCUUACAUCAGCAAGGGUUUUAAAGUCGUUGGUGGAUGGUAAUGGUGUUACUGUGCUUUCAUCAUGGUCACAAAGGAAUCUAGAAAGAGGAAAAUCGAUAAAAUUUCAACAAAUGUACAUCGUGGACGCGUCAUUGCAAAACCCCACAGAACUGGUGCCGGUGGACACUACUUUUGAGUUACUGUCAUGCAUGUCGAGUUCAGAAGAGUUUCGUGCAGUUCUGCGAGAAGUCCCACAAGAUGAAACUAAAAAGAAACAGUACCUUGAGGUCUGGAGGCAAAGGCAGUUAUGGAAAAACUAUGAUUUACAGGCACUUGAAGUUCAUGGUGACGUUUAUGCUGAUGCUGAUUUUGGCUCAUUCGAAUGGUCACCAUGUGGUGAAAAGGUUCUGUACAUAGCUGAAAAGAAAUUACCUAAAACUGAACCAUUUUAUAAACCAAAACCACUGGAUACAAAGGGCAAUGGUUCGGGUGAUGCAAAGCCAUUAAGAGGUGAAGAAUAUCUUUUCCGUCCAGACUGGGGUGAACAGCUGGUCGGCAAGCACCAACCAGUAGUUAGUAUUUGUGACACAAAAACAGAUAAGAUACAAAUUUUGGAAGGAGUACCAUCACAUUUUUCACCUGGUCAAGUAAUCUGGACACCAGAUGGAGAAGGAGUAAUAGGCGUCGUGUGGAAGAAUGAGCCUCGCAGACUUGGUCUUAUUCAUUGCACCAACCGAGAUAGUUACAUAUUUCACUUGACAAUGGAUGGGGCGUUCAGUUUACUGUCCGAUGACGGUCAGGCAGUCCGCUCUCCAAGAUUCAGUGCAGAUGGCAGGAAUUUGAUAUGGCUGCAGCGGACAGCUGGUGGCCCUCAUCAUGCAGCACACAAACUUGUGUGCUAUGAUUGGGAAACGAAAAAGAAGGAAGUUUUGGUUGACAUUGUGCGUCGCAGUGUUAAAACUGCUGGUGGUAGUCCAUUCUAUGGACUGUUCAAUCAGGCACUGCCACGGCGUUGUUGGAGUCGUGAUUCCAAACGCAUCUUACUGAGUACCCCUCAAAGACACAAGGUGAACUCCUACAUGAUUGACAUAGAGACUAAAACAAUAACAGAACUGGAGUGGGAUGAUGGCAGUCAGUCAGUACUUGAUGUAUGGAAUGAUAUAGUGGUUUGCUCACGAAGUUCUCUGAAAACACCUGCAAACCUUGUUCUGGGGAAGUUGCCACCAGCAGGCAGUGAAAAGACAAUGCAGUGGUUCCCUGUUACCAAUUGGGUGGUUACAUCUGCUCUUGAUGGUCUCGUGUGCCACACCUUGGCCCUUACACAGGAAAAUGAUCCAGAAGCCACUGUCAAAUCAUACUGUGCUAUUUAUUUUGGUCCAGAGAGCACAAAGGAGAAAGAAAUACCAUUAAUUGUAUGGCCUCAUGGAGGACCACACAGUGCCUUUGCCAAUACUUUCAUGUUAGAUGCUGCACUUCUGACACUGCUUGGCUUUGGUGUGCUGAUGGUGAACUUCAGAGGUUCAGUUGGAGCAGGGCAAGAUAGUGUAGACUCACUGCCAGGCAGAAUUGGUGAUGCUGAUGUCAAAGAUGUACAUUAUGCAGCAACUGAAGCACUGAAACAGUUUCCUUUCUUAAAUCCUGAAAAGCUUUUUCUGUUUGGAGGUUCACAUGGUGGUUUUCUAGUGACACACGUCAGUGGACAGUAUCCAAAAGACUAUAAAGCAGUUGUGGCAAGAAAUCCAGUGACAGAUGUGGCAGCAAUGUUUACCGUCACUGAUAUUCCAGAUUGGACGGCAGUGGAAGCUGGCUAUCAGUACAAUGUGCUACAAGACAUGAGCCUUGAAGCAUUUGAGAAGAUGAAGAAAUGUUCGCCUGUUAACCAUAUAAAUAAUGUAGUUGCCCCAACAUUAUUUAUGGUUGGGAAGAAGGAUGCAAGAGUGCCAAGCAGUCAAGCAAUUGGUUACUACCACCUUCUGCGGUCUAACAAUGUUAAAACAAAGUUGCUGCUUUAUGAGGACAAUCAUCCACUUAGUCAAGUUCCUGUGGAAAUGGACAACCUUAUAAACUCAGUUUUGUGGUUCAUGCAGCACAUGGAAUAAGAAAGAUUCUUUUCUAAUAUAUGUUGUAUAAGUACAUUAUUUUCUUAUAUUACAGGAAUUAAAACAUUUUUCUUUAAA